AUGUGCCACCUUCUAAUGUAUGAGUGCCACCUUCUAAUGUAUGACUGCCACCCUCUAAUGUAUGAGUGCCACCUUCUAAUGUAUGACUGCCACCCUCUAAUGUAUGAGUGCCACCUUCUAAUGUAUGACUGCCACCCUCUAAUGUAUGACUGCCACCUUCUAAUGUAUGACUGCCACCCUCUAAUGUAUGAGCGCCACCUUCUAAUGUAUGAGCGCCACCUUCUAAUGUAUGAGCGCCACCUUCUAAUGUACGAGCGCCACCUUCUAAUGUAUGAGUGCCACCUUCUAAUGUAG